AUGGAGGAGUUUCUGACCUGGGCAAAGAGCCAAGGCAUUGAUUCAACAGCUACCAUCAAGAAGACGCCACACGCAGGCUAUGGAUUGUUUGCCACUCAAGAUUCAUGCAACACUCCCGUUCACAUUCCAUUCAAAGCACUGUUAUCGUCUCAAAAAGCCAUCCAGGUAGAGCCAUUUGCUGCAGCCCUUAAAACUCUAUACAACACAGACAAUUUGGAACAAGUGUCGCAUACACACGAAAAACAAGUACUGUGCUUGUUUCUCAUCUACUGCCAAUUCUUUGAUAAAGCGACUGCAUGGAAGCCUUACAUGGACAUUCUACCGAGCAUGGAUUUCUUCAAGGAGAACCACUUGCUGUUCAACCUUCACUAUCUGCAGGGAACCAGUCUAGAGAAAUCUACCCGGGCCAAGCUCAACAAGUUAAAACGCGAGCUAGAAGCAAUCAAUCAAGCCGAAAGUAGCUGGCUAUCCAAGAUCGAUAUUGACAUGUACAAAUGGGCAGACUGCAUCUUCUGGUCUCGUGUAGUAGGCAUUGGUGGUGCUUUUGAAGAGAAUGAUACAGCUCACACGUCAAACAUGGUCAUGAUUCCUUACUUUGAUUUCGCCAACCACUCGGUCGAUAGACCCAACAUGCGAUGGCAACCCACUUCUGAUGGCGGCAUUGAUCUCGUUACGUACCCAGACAUGGUCAAAAAAGGGGAUGAAUUGCUCUUGUCGUAUGGAUCCAAGCCAAACCAGGAGCUAUUGUUUUUGCAUAGUUUUUGUGCUGAAAACAACCCCAAUGCUUCAUGCUUUACAUUGCCCGUUGCUCCCUUCUUGCAUCCUGAGGCGGAUCUUUUGAACAUGCCUAAAAUACGCUGGCUGCAGCAAUCCGGUGUCAAACCUACAUUGACGCUAUCCCAAUCAAGCAAGGAUGCUGAUUUAAUGGACAUUGGCUGGUCGCAUGAAUCCAUCCAGCUCAUGUAUUUAGUGGUCAUGGAUGAAGACAAUGGUUUGCGUUUUGGUUUGGAUGAGCAAGAGAAUGUUGAACUAUACAUACAAGAUCAGAAAGUGACAACACUAGAUACCUUGCAGCAGAUGACAAACGACAUGAACCUUUUGCCAGUGAUACAACUCAGAGUCAUCAUGCUGUUGAUAGACGCUCUUCAGCAUCAGUACUCUGUGAAUACAGAGCAUGCCCUGGUAGAUGACACACCGAUUGGAAAACAGGCACUGAUAUACCGAAAUGAAGAAAAAUCACUAUUGGAAUCAGCAUUGCAAACACUCACCAAGCUGUCGGAUAAAUUAAUGCAGAACCCCACAGUUGUCAAGUACCUCAAAAACGCUCAAUAA